AUGCUGGCAUUGAUUUCGACCCUCGUGAAGUUCUCGCGCCCCCAUACGAUAGUGCACACAACGCUCGCCCCCACCAUAAUAUCCCGGGUCAUCCUGCGCUACGUCGAUCAAGACGCGACUAACCACUACUGGGAUGUCCUCCCCAUCGCAAUCGCUUUCAUCCUCAUCAACGUGUUUAUCGUCGGGAUCAAUCAAAUCUAUGACAUCCCCAUGGACAAGAUCAACAAGCCAUACUUGCCGCUUGCCAGCGGCGAACUCAGCGUCGAGUCGGCAUGGAAGAUUCUAACCGUUGUCUUGGUCGUCAGCGUCUGGGCUAUCUCGUAUGCGACUUCCCCCGUCGUGUUUGGGCUGUGGCUUUAUGUGCUUGUCGUGGGGACAAUGUACUCACUGCCCAUGAUCCGCCUCAAGAAGCAGUGGCUGAGCGUCGCCAUUGCCAUCACGACAUGCCGUGGGCUGGUGUUUCCGCUGUGUCUGGCCGUCCACUUGGCGGACAAGGUCGGUGUAGCUGCGCUCGACGUCCCUGCUGUGCGAUACAUCCUCAUCUUUAGCACGCUCUGGGCGCUCAACAUCUCCAUCUUUAAGGACCUCCCCGACACGCUCGGUGACAGCGCUGAAGCCAUUGCGACGCUCCCCAUCAAGUUUGGCUUGACGGCAGUCUUCCGCGGGUGCCUCGCGAUCAUGGUGGCUGCCUGGGCGAGUUCGUCUAUUGAGUUUAUCAAGUCCAUGAGCGGUACGGCGAGUAUCAGCACAAUGGUUCUUCAUGCGGCCGUGCGCGUGGCUCAAUUGGCUGUGCUGGCGUCGAACACAUGUCUGAUGCAGAUCGACAAGCCCAACUUGGCUGGACUGACAGCGUUUUACACAAAGAUUGUGUGGGGGUUUAUGUAUUUAGAGUGGGUGUUCUUGCCCUUGUGGUUCUAA